AUGUUCACUGGUUAUGCAGAAGAUAGUUAUAAGAACCUUGACAGUUGUUCACGAAUUUUAGCAUGGGGUGCCAAUAGUUAUGGGCAGCUUGGUAUUGGUAGUAAAGAGGAUCAGUUGGUACCAAGACAAGUGAUAGUACCCGGUAUUAAUGUUAGAUAUAUCACUGGAGGUGGAGGACAUACAGUGGCUUUAACUGAUAAUGGGAAGGUAUUGGUAUGUGGUAGUAACAGUAAAGGAGAACUUGGUUUAGGUCAAACUGUUAACUCUAUUACAACAUUAACUCCUAUUCAUAGUUUAAACAGUGAGAAUAUCAUCAAGAUAGAUGCUGGCUGGGAAUUUACAUUAGCUAUAAAUGAGACUGGUGAUGUUUAUGCAUGGGGUAGCGGAAAGAAAGAACAGUUAGGCUUCAAAUUAUCUGACUGUAAGGUAAUGCAACAGCCAUCUAAAGUUUAUCUGCCUGAGAAUGUUUGCAAAAUUUUCUGUGGAUCUUUUCAUUCAGGGGCAUUGACAGGGUGUGUGUAUAUAUGGGGGUGUAAUAAAUAUGGUCAGAAUACUCAAGGUGACAGUAUUCCCAUAAUAUUAACUUUACCUACUAAUAUUGGUACCAUAAAACAGAUAAAGAGUGGCUGGUCUCAUAUUUUACUUUUAACAGAGGAUGGAAAAGUUUAUAGCUGGGGACGUGGUGAUUAUGGUCAACUGGGACGUCAAUGUUAUCAUCAAUAUGAUAAAAACCCAGGCUUGGUAGAUUAUCUCCCCUUAAUCCAACAAAUGUCGUGUGGAUCAGAACACAAUUUAGCAUUAGACGAAGAUGGUAAUGUAUAUAGUUGGGGAUGGAAUGAACAUGGAAUCUGUGGAACUGGGGACGAGGAAAAUAUUUUGAUGCCAAGAAUGUUACAGACAAUAUCUUUUGUUAAAAUCAGCCAGAUAUUACUGAUAUUCGCACUAAAGAAUAUGCAUCAAAAUGUUGAUCUAAAUGUCAAUGGUGAUAUAGAUCUUGCAGCACAGUUCCUUGUGACUGUUAAUGAUACGUGGGAUCCAAGAGGUUGUAUAGAAACAGUCAAAACACCAGAAAUAACGGCAGGAAAUUUUUCAGAAUCUUUUAGUGUUGGUUCGUGUGACCAUGGUCCUUUCAAAUUCAGUAUACGUUCCGGUGAUAGAGGGUUUAAAUAUUCAAUAGAUGUAUUGUUUCGAUCAUCUGUAAUAGAAGACGCGUCACCGCCUACGUGUACGAUAUACUGGAAUGGAAGUUACCUGGUUCCUACUAAGGAAGAUGCUAGUGAAUCCUUAUUACCAAGUUGUUAUACUAUGGAUUCUAGAGAAGGAUAUCAUAUGACCUAUUAUUGGUUUUAUUUAUUAUCGUGGACAUUUCUAUGA